AUGGACGACAACAUCUCCAACUUCAUGGCCAUUACGGCCACAAGCACCGAUGUCGCCCGGAGCUUUCUCGAGAUGACUGCGGGCAACUUUGAGCGUGCCAUAGGGCUCUUCUACGAAAACCCCGAUCUGGUUUCCGGUGUGGGAGCCGGCCUUUCUUCAAACGACCAGCCAGCCGCUGCGCCCGUGACAACAUCAGCAACCAGAGGCAACAUUGGCAGACAAGAUUCGGCGGGCGUCAUCCACAUCGAUAGUGACGAUGACCAGGAUAUGCAAAUCGAAGACUUUAGUGACAAUGAUGACGAUAACGAGAGAGCCGUUGCAGCUCAAGCGGCAGCUCUAGCCCAGGAAGAAGAAGAUAUGGCAAUGGCAAAGCGAUUACAGGAGGAGCUAUACCAAGGCAACCAAGGGUCUGGAUCAGGAGGAGACCCAGAUGAUGUCCGAGCACCUAUCGCGCGGACUACUGAGACCCUGGUGGCACCCGGAUGGGGUGGUGGUGAGCACGGUGAUGGAAUGGAGGCGGCUUUUCUAGAAGAGUUGCGACAAAGGCGGCGGGCAAAUCCACCCAAUCGUGCUGGAGGACCAUUCUCCCAGCAAAUAUGGGCCGACCCCGAACGCCGCUCAGCUCAGACAGCCGAGAAUGGAGCCCAUGCAAGACGCCUUGAGGAUUUGUUCCGACCACCUUACGAUCUGAUGGCUCGCAUGUCUUGGGAUGACGCCCGCACCCUAGGCAAGGAAGACAAGAAGUGGAUCUUGGUUAAUCUCCAAGACAUGAACGACUUUAACUGCCAGGCGCUAAACCGCGACAUUUGGAAGGACGAAGCUAUUAAAUCUCUGGUCUCGGAGAACUUUAUCUUCCUCCAGUAUGACAAGGACUUCCCGGAUGCCGAGGAGUUUGUGACAUUCUAUUUCCCCAACCAAACCCACGAGAACCCCGAUAACUACCCACAUGUCUCGAUCAUCGACCCCCGAACGGGCGAGCAAGUCAAGGUUUGGACCGGACGACCUUUCCCUUCCCCGCAAGACUUCCAUGCCGAACUCGCCGAGUUUCUCGACCGCUACAGUCUCGCGGCCAAUAGCAAGAACCCGGUUGCGAAGACGACAGCACGAAAGCCACAGAGAGUGGAUGUGGAACGCAUGACUGAGGAUGAGAUGCUUGAAAUGGCUUUGAAGAACAGCCUGGAAGGCGCUACAGGAAGCGGAGGCUCUUCAACACCCAAUCUUCAUGAUCCCGAUGCAUUGACCAAAGAUUCUGGCCCCGAGGGGGGUAAAGGAAAGGAACCUGAAGCUCCUGUUGAACAAAGUCCUUGGGCGCAAAUUUCGAGCACCACCCCACAUACCGAACCAGAGGCCGACCCAACGACCACUACACGCAUUCAAUUCCGACACUCUACCGGCCGCAUCAUUCGGCGAUUCAACCUGAAUGAUCCAGUCCGCAGAAUCUAUGAAUGGCUCAAGUCUGAGGCACUGGAAGGCAAAGAGGGGGUCGAAUUUGAGCUUAAGAAAAUGCCUGCUGGCCAGGAUCUCAUCGAGAGUCUGGACAUGACCGUUGCAGAUGCAGGUCUGAAGCAAGGGACAGUCAUGAUUGAGUACAUCGAGGACUGA